CCAACGCAGUCGGCACGCGUUUGGCUCUCUCGCCUCGCGGCUUUUUUAUUUAUUAUUCGCUGUAGUGAAAGAAAGCCAACAAGAAAAACAACAAGAGUCGCUGAGAGUCGCGUUGGUUUCGGGGAAAAUCCCAGUGUGUUGGCUAAAGUAUAAAUCAUGUGCGAGGAAAUCAAGGCAAUUCGGAAAGUCGAAGGAGUUGAGCCAAAGAUGAAAUCAACAGCGAGAAAUUGCCAGUCAUAAAAAAAGGGAAACGCCAGUGCUUCCAGCAAUAAACUUCCACCCAACUGUGGCAAUACCAAUAGACAAGGAACCAUGUCGAAUAUAUCCCGGAAUGGUGGCUUCUGCGGUGCACUGCAGCGUGCGCCACCGCCAAUGCCGCCGACCCUCAUCCGUCGUUUGACCAGCCGGGAGUGUUAUGGCGUGGGCAAGGUGAAGGUCAUGCUGCGGGUGGCGGAGCGGGAUAGAAACUCCGGCGGAACAGAACCGGACUUUAUGGCCCUGGACAAGAAGAAGCGACAGGUCACGCUCACCGAUCCAAAGAACGCCUGUCCUCCGCCCCAGGCCGCCCAGGAACGAGCUCCCAUGGUGGCCGCACCCAAAAUGUUUGCAUUCGAUAACCUCUUCACCGCGGAGGAUAAACAGUCGGAUGUGUGUGCAUCGGCGUUGAGCGAAGUGAUACCCGCCGUGUUAGAAGGCUCCGAUGGCUGCCUGCUGGCCAUGGGAUAUCCCGCCACCGGACAGCACCAAACAGUGCUUGGGGAUGUGGGCAGUGGGAGUGGCAGUGGUGGGGUGUGUUCCCUGGGAGCUGCCCCCUGUGCCAUUGCUUGGCUCUACAAGGGCAUCCAGGAGCGGCGGCAGAAGAGCGGGGCGCGCUUCUCGGUGAGGGUCAGUGCCGUGGGCGUUAGUGCCACCAAGCCGGAUGCCCUCUCGCAGGAUUUGCUCAUCUCGCAUGCAGCCGAAUCUGACGACUCCCCGGGGAUUUAUUUGCGUGACGACUUCCUUGGCGGUCCAACGGAACUACGUGCACCCACCGCCGAGCGUGCGGCCCUGUUUCUCGAUUCAGCGCUCGCCGGACGCUUAAAAAGUUCCGGAUCCACGGGAUCUGGGAGUUCGGGGAGUUCUGGAUGUGCCGCCCCCUUGGAGUCCGCCCUCAUCUUUACGCUGCACGUCUACCAGUACAGCCUGUCCCGCAAGGGAGGUGUUGCUGGCGGUCGGAGCCGCUUACAUAUCAUCGACCUGGGCGGGUGUGCGAAUCGCAGCGGGGGUCUGCCGCUGUCGGGGAUCGGGAACAUACUGCUGGCGAUACUAUCCGGCCAGAGGCAUCCCCGCACAAAGGACCACCCGCUAACGCCGCUGCUCAAGGACUGCCUGGCCCCCAUCACCUGCCAUGUGGCAAUCGUGGCUCAUGUGCGGCCAGAGCAAAGCUACCAGGAUGCCCUCUCAACGAUUCAAAUAGCAUCCAGGAUUCAUCGCCUGCGUCGCAGGAAACAUCGUGUUCCCAUGCCGUUGGCGGUGGGUUUGGCACAAGGACUCGGCGGCAAUGGCUCUUCGGCGGGAUCGGGGGCGGAUCCAUCAAGUUCGGAAAUCUCAGCCGACACAGUCAUCUAUAUGGGACCCAAUGAUGAUGCUACGGAUGGAGAACAUCCGCCCGUCUAUCUGCCAUCUCUGACUGCGGGGGAUAAUCGCGGGGUGAUGAGCAAGGCCCUGAAAGGUAGCGGUCUGGAGAAACCCCCCUCGAAGUCAGCCAACAACAGUCCCAUGAUGAUGAAAAAGGCCAUAGCAGCAGAGAAAGCCAAAAAGCUGCCGGUAAGCAACACAGGCAGUCUGAAACGCCAGGCGGGAGCCGGGGCCUGCUCCUCUCCACUGAUUCCCCAUGAACAACCAGCACAGGUGCAGGCAAUGGGUUCACCAAUACCGAUACCAAGGCACAUGGUGUCCAAGGGAUCGAUGGUUCCCUCGCCCAAGGGAUCGCCCAUGCGAAGAGCUCAUCCGGGAGCAGCUCUAGAACAAUUAGAAGCCGGAAUGAGGAAGAUAACUGAGGAGCAGUGGAUCGAUGGACCACGAGUUUCCAGGGCCAAGGUGGCAGAAGCCCGUCAUCUAAUGAGGGAGGUUAAUCAUGUCAAACAGUGCGAGACCUGGGUGGAUGGGCCAAAGUCCCAGUCCUGUAAAUCCCUGACAGCCGGCAAUCUUCCAACAGCCGGCGCAAGUCAGACGCAGGGUUAUGGCUUCAUGGAUGCCCACAAAAAGACCAUGAUUCGUCAGUGGGUGGAGAAUCAGACAACACAAGUCUUCCAAAGUACAGUGUCAGCCAGCAAUUCUCCCACUGCUUUGCAUUGGAAACUCUCGCAAUUGAAACAGAAAUCUCUGGAUCUGCCGGACAGACCUGCGUUUAAUCCGGAACCCUCCUUGGAUCUCAAUCAGCCAUGCUUUGAGAGUUUACCUCUCUUGGAUCCGGCUCCACCCGAUGGCGACGAGGACGAGGAUAGUGGUCCUUCGGAGGUUCCGCCUGCCCUUCCAUUACUAGAUGAUCCUUUGGGUUCCAGGGAUAUAUCACAGGAUAACCUGCACAGAAUGCUGUCCCGACAUGUGUCCAGGGAACAGCUCCAUGAAGCCGAACUGGUGGCCAGUAGAGCUUCAUCUUCGCAUCAUCCGUCGCAACGGAGCAUCGAUUGUGGCCUGCAAGUGACAGAGGAAGAGAUAGCCAGAACGAUGUCCAGAGAUAGGGACCAGGAUCAUCACAGUGCACAUCCUCUGUCGGCCUUGAGUCACUGUGACAACAUAUCCUUCGUGUCCAGCUUUAACAUGGCCUGUGAGUCCUUUAGCGAGUGCGGCGAAAGAGCAAGACAUCAAUUCGACCAGCUGGCCCGUCUGCAUGAGAUCUUUACCUCCCAACUGGCCAUGGCCGAAGUCACGCCCUCCGCCGCCCUCUUUCGAACGGAUAUCGGAAGUGUCUUCAGUGAGCCCGUCUACCAUUUCAAUGUAGGCCAAAGUAGCGUCUGCAGUGAACCAGCCUACAGACUAACACCCAGUCCCCCGAAGCAGCCAUCCCAUAGUCCUAGUCAAGGAUCGCUGCCCAGUUUGAAUGGCAUCAUGGAAAUAGCCGGAAUGGAUGACUAUUCUUUACUUCGCCAGCCAGAUGGAGCUUCUGAUCCCAAUCUGCAAAAGGGUGAGAAACGAUUUACCCCUCAGCACGAUGAUAUUUGCGAGCUGGAUGAGAAAUCCAUGGCGGCGGCGGUGGGUAAGAGAAAUUCUCUGGAGGAUACGCAGCACAAGUUAAAUGAGAUCACGAAUAUAUUGCCACUGGCUGCCCAGUCACGGCUACCAUUGCUGCCCCUGAAUACCAGUUCCGAGGCCUACGACAGUGGUCAUGACUCCAACUCUACCCCGAGAACCUCCAAGCAUUCGGGGAUAUCGCGAAGGGCAGAAAGUGGUUAUCAUAGUGUGGCCACUGUACGGGAUUCAGAUGAGAGUAGCUUCGCAUCCGGUAUGUCCAAGGGCCAGAGACAUCGCAUCACCAUUUCGGGAUCAGGAGCAGUCACGUCGACGGGCAUUGGAAAUUACCAAAGACAGUGCCACAAGAAGCGACAUCAUCGACAGGAUCAAGGGGGCACUAACAAAGGACUCUGCAAUUGGCUCUUGACGCCCUUUUCCUGCACUUAUCCAGAGACUGAGGGUGAGAUCAGCGAUUUCUAAACAGCAAACAAGACACCGCAUCCAAGUCCAAAAACACCCACCAAAACGUAAAAAACCGAGCUAGUCCAGCAUUCGAAAUGGCCAAAGAAAAAAACAAGAAACAAGCUAACGUAAACCAAAAAGGAUAAAUAUCAUACAGUUUUAGGAACAAAGACGACUAGGAUGAGGUGUUAGAAGGAUAGAGGAUCUUUGAUAGCGACUGAUUAACUUUUACUAGGCACAACGGCUGCCACUAGAGAAAACCAAAAACCAAACAGGAAAAAAAAAACAAAUCAUGCAAUUUUAAAGUAAUCUAAUAACUAACCCAAUUACCUAAAUAAUAAACUCAUAAUAAAGUCA